AUGGACAGGCGACCUCGUCCCUCCUUCCACCUGCGUCCUCCACCUGCCCCGCGUGCAGCCCCUCGUCGCUGUGAGGCCGGCAGGGCCCGCUCGUGGGACGACCCUGCUCCGACAGUGCAGGUCAGCUGGCGGGUGGCCGAGGCGGGGCGUCGUGCUGCAGGACAGACUGCCAUCGGACAGGUGGACCCCGGCGCACACCGUGGGGAGCGGAGCCCCGACGCCACAGUCAGCGCUGGCCUUGCCCAGGUCGCCAGGCUGCACCUGCAGGCCUCUGCCCUGUGCUCAGGCGGCUCUGCCCGCCCCCCUCCCGACCCCCGGGCCUGCCUGCCCCCACUGGGCUCCAGCCGGGACCUCCACUCUCGGCCUCUUGUGUCUCCCCCGCCCCCAACAGUCCCCCCACCCUUUCCCACCUGCUUCCAAGAUGCCUUUCAAUUUUUGAGAGUUGAUCAAGAUAAAGACAAAGACUGUAGCUUGGACUGUGCGGGCUCUCCUCAGAAACCCCUCUGUGCCUCGGACGGAAGGACCUUCUUGUCCCGCUGUGAAUUUCAACGUGCCAAGUGCAAGGACCCACAGUUAGAGGUCGCGUACCGAGGAAACUGCAAAGAUGUGUCCAGGUGUGUGGCCGAGAGGAAGUAUACCCAGGAGCAAGCCCGGAAGGAAUUUCAGCAAGUGUUCAUUCCAGAAUGCAACGAGGACGGCACCUACAGUCAGGUGCAGUGCCACAGCUUCACGGGGUACUGCUGGUGCGUCGCGCCCAACGGGAGGCCCAUCAGUGGCACCGCCGUCGCCCACAAGACACCCAGGUGCCCGGGUUCCAUAAAUGAAAAGUUACCCCAACGAGAAGGAGCAGGACAAACAGAUGAUGCCGUGGCCCCAGCGCUGGAGACUCAGCCUCAAGGAGAUGAGGAAGAUAUCGCGUCACGCUACCCUACCCUUUGGACUGAACAAGUUAAAAGUCGGCAGAACAAAACCAAUAAGAAUUCAGUGUCGUCCUGUGACCAAGAGCACCAGUCUGCCCUCGAGGAAGCCAAGCAGCCCAAGAAUGACAACGUGGUGAUCCCUGAGUGUGCUCACGGUGGCCUCUACAAGCCGGUGCAGUGCCACCCCUCCACAGGCUACUGCUGGUGUGUCCUGGUGGACACAGGACGCCCGAUCCCUGGCACAUCCACCAGUGGGGGCAUUCGCUCCCAGCUCAGGCUCAUACCAGCCGCGGCCCCAGCCCCUGAGCUGCGCCUCCGUAAUAGAGAAGUUUCAUUAGAAGAUGCCCGCGUAGCGCCGGCCAACAAAAACCUGAAGCUGUCGAAGCCAGAGCUCCUCAAAUUGGCUCUGAAGUG